AUGGAAGACAUCCAAACCAAUUCAACAGAAAAGAGGUGUGCUGUUGUUACAGGAGGCAACAAAGGGAUUGGAUUCGAGAUAUGUCGGCAACUAGCAUCUAGUGGAAUUACAACUUAUGAAAUGGCCGAAGAGUGUCUCCGAACAAACUACUAUGGAACUAAAGCAGUGACUGAAGCACUUCUUUCACUGCUUCAUCUCUCCAAUUCAGCAAGAAUAGUGAAUUUCUCUUUGGGUUACGGACUGCUAAUGGUAAACAUGCUAACAAAAGAUUCAUGCUUGGCUACCAUAAACAAGAAGAUAAAAUUCUGUCCUGUUUCUGCAGCAUGUCAGUUUAUAAAGCUUCAAAAGCCGUCACCAAUUACAAGACUCAUGGCAAGAAGAUUUCCUAAUAUCCUUGUCAACUGUGUGAAUCCUGGGUAUCCCAAAACAGACAUUACAUGUAACACAGGACACUUUACCCCUGAAGAAGGUGCUAGAACUACUGUAAUGGAGGCUUUGUUGCCUGAUGGAGGUCCUUCUGGCCUCUACUUCAGUGAGAUGCAGCCAUCUACAUUUUAG